AUGCACAAAAUCAAGGCACAAGCGCGACGAUCCGCGUGGUUCAACAGCGAAGGCGAGAAGACGUACAACCCGUUCCAGCGGUAUAACCCUCCCCUCCGGACCGGUGUUUCAAAUGACGAGGAGUCGGGACUGAGACAAAUCAACACACACGAUGCGAUCACAUGGACGGAGGACAAGAGGAGAUCACAGUACAACGCCGAGAAUGCACCAUGGCGAGGAGUAGAGAAAUCGGGCACAUUUCCCCCAGGACCAGCAGGAAGAUUACCAUCGGGCGAAAGAGGCGAUUACAGUUCCACCGAGAAAUCCAAAAGCGAGGAUAUAGCAACCGACAACAGCACAACAUAUGGCGAGAAGUCGAGAGAAUUGCCAGCAGAGGACAUUGCGGCAGCCGAAGCGGCGAGCAACGAGCAUGGGAAGCCUCAGAAGCGUAACAAGUUUCUCUCAGCAUUUGCAAAGGACCAUCCAGACGAACAGAAUGUCAUGCGGACGGAGACGGACGAAUCGAAGAAGAGGCGACCCAAGCUUACGUUCAUGAGCCAGGUCAGGGCCGUGUUUGGAUCGUGGAUCAACAUACUGCUCGUGGCUGUGCCUGUCGGUAUUGCGCUGGAAUACUCGGGAGUGAACAAGGUCGUGGUCUUCGUCGUCAACUUCAUCGCUAUCAUUCCCCUCGCAGCUGUGCUGUCGUACAGUACUGAGGAACUGGCCAUGUACAUCGGAGAAGUCCUGGGAGGCCUACUUAACGCCACAUUCGGGAACGCCGUCGAGCUGAUCGUUAGUAUCAUUGCGCUCACGCAAGGCAAGGUUCUAAUCGUGCAAACGUCCCUGAUUGGCAGCAUGCUGUCCAACUUGCUUCUGGUUCUGGGCAUGUGCUUCUUCCUUGGAGGUGUCAACCGCACGGAACAGCACUUCAACAUCACGGUGGCGCAGACCGCAGCCUCGCUCCUGGCUCUCGCGAUCGGCAGUCUGAUCAUCCCAACGGCAUUCCGAAUCUUCGCAGAUGACGACUCCGGUGUCACGCCUAGUUCUCGCGGCACUGCUGUCAUGCUUCUGGCCGUGUAUGCCUGCUACCUCAUCUUCCAGCUGCGCACGCACGUCGACAUGUACAACGAGCCUAGCCAGAAGACACCAAAGAAGCCCCGCGGCAAGAAGGAGGAUGGAGAAGCCCUCAAGGGUAUUGCCAUGAUCGGUGCGGCCAGCGGUGCAGCAACGGCUGGUGGACGAGUGAACCAAGAGAAUCUGGUGCAAGAAGCUCCCGAAGAAGAGGAGAUGCCGGCGCUGACCAAACUCGGCGCCGUCAUCACCCUCGCCAUCUCGACUGUGUUCAUCGCGCUGUGCGCCGAGUACAUGGUCUCGUCCAUCAACGCGGUCGCCGACUCGGUCUCGCAAGAGUUCAUCGGUUUGAUCUUGCUACCGAUCGUCGGCAAUGCUGCUGAGCAUGCUACUGCUGUUACGGUUGCCAUCAAGGACAAGAUGGAUCUCUCCAUCGGUGUUGCUGUUGGCUCGUCGCUGCAGAUUGCGUUGCUUGUGCUUCCCGUCAUGGUCUUGCUUAGCUGGUUUGGCGUGGGUAAGCCUGAGGUGCUGAACCUUGACUUCGAUGGAUUCUUGGUUGUGAUUUUGGUGCUGUCGAUCUGGCUGGUUAACUACCUGAUCAGUGAUGGCAAAUCACAUUGGUUGGAGGGGGUUAUGUUGAUGAUCACAUAUUUGAUCAUUGCCACGACUGCGUGGUUUUACCCAGCGAAGGGCGAGGUUGCUGGUUGA